UGUCCAUCUGCAGCUCCACCACUAGGUGGCACUGGGCUGUUGUGAGGAAGUUGAUGUGUUUGUGAUGUCAUCAGAUAAAGGUGGCGGUACAAGCAGACAGAAACUGCGUCCGAUCCUACAGACCGCCGGUUCAGUCCAGCAACUUCAACACUCUGAGUUUGGUUCUGAAGACUUCCCGUCCAAACAACCUGCUGUUCUACCUGGGCAGCAACACCACAGUGGACUUCCUGGCAGUAGAGAUGCAUCAUGGGAAGGUUUCCUUGCUGUGGAACUUGGGUUCUGGAACAACCCGCCUGCAGUUUCCUGAAACAGACAUUAACAACAACCGAUGGACCAAAAUCAACGCUACACGGUUCGGGGCGCACUGCUCUCUGUCCGUCCAACAGCUGGACUCUGGGUCGGUUCCUCUGCCGGCGGUGACCUCCUCUUCUCCAGGAUCAUCGCGAGUUUUGGACAUUGACAGAAACACGGUGAUUCACAUCGGAGGAAUGGGAGCCGUCACUCAGCGUCCUGCAGGGCUGCACUCGUCCUCCUUCCAGGGAUGUCUGGGGGAAGCUUCGCUUAAUGAGCGGAAUAUCGGCCUGUGGAGCUACGUCAGUCGGGAGGGCCGGUGUGGCGGCUGCUUCAGCAGUCCCCAAGCAGAGGAGACAUCUUUCUACUUUGACGGCUCUGGGUUCUCUGUGGUCCACAAGUCUUUGAAAGCUACGUCCACCUCCAUUGUCCUGCUGUUUAAGACUCUGUCUCCAGGUGGACUGCUGCUCUACCUGGCCUCCAACAACACGAGGGACUUCCUGUCUCUAGAACUGGUUGAGGGUCAUGUCCGUCUGGCGUUUGACCUGGGGUCAGGCGCUCUGGUCCAGACCUCCAACAGGAAGUACAACACUGGAGUUUGGUUCAAGGUCACCCUGCAGAGGAACAAGCGCAAAGGUUACCUGUCCGUCAUGGCGGCAGGCCAAUCAUCGGAGAAGGAGGUGUUGGAGGGCGAGUCUCCAGGAACUGCUUCGGACCUGAACCGCUAUGACCUCGACCCCAUCUACAUCGGAGGGUUUCCUUCAUCCAGAGCAAUCAGGCGACAGGUGACGUCCCGGGCAUACGCUGGCUGUAUAAAGAACGUAGAGAUUGCUCGAUCGAACUUUGACCUGCUGAAGGACGCAUUCGGGGUCCGGAAGGGUUGCGUUCUGAAGGCGGUGCGGAGCGUCUCUCUCUUGUCUGGGGGUUUCGUCCAGAUCGCUGCGCCGUCAUUCGGUCAGGAGGCGGAGCUUCUCUUCACCUUCUCCUCCAACAACCAAUCAGGACUGUUGCUGGUGGCCUUCAGUGACGACCGACAGGUGAGACCCGCUCAGGUGAGACCCGCUCAGUACUUCCUGUCCCUUCACCUGGUCUCAGGUGGCGUGGAGGCGGAGCUAGGGGACGUGGGCGGAGCCAGUCGGAAGGUCAAAGUGUUGAAGUCUGGUGGUGGAUCAUUCGGUGAUGGAAGCGAACACUCGGUUGUUAUAACUGUCAAUAAGAAGUCUCUGUCCCUCCAGGUGGACGAUGAGCACCUGAAGUCUGCAUCCCUGAAGCCUGGAGGCUUUUCUCGGCUGACUCCUUCCUCUCUCUUCAUUGGUGGGCUCCCGCCGGAGAGCGAGUCCCGUCUGCCAAUCAGACUGCGAGUUUUAUCCCAGCGCUUCAGGGGCUGCAUCCACCACCUGGUGGUGGGCGGAGCGCUUGUGGACCUAUCGGUUCCAGUCAGGUACAAGGGGGCGGAGCUUAACAGCUGCCUGUUGGGGGCUGUGCUUCCUGAUGACCCGGACGUUGAGUCUACGCCUGCACGCGUGCCUUUAACUCCGCCCACACACCUGAGCGCCCUGACAGCUGCAGCGCUAACAUGUGCGGCGGAGCAGGAAUCGUCCUUCCUGCCGUCGGCGGCGCAGUUCGGUUCGUCCAGCCACAGUCACAUGACCUUCCUCAUCGACCCCGGCGCCUUCAGGAAGAGUGUGUCGGUGAGGUUGUCGGUUCGAAGCCGGGCUCUGGACGGCCUCAUGCUCCUCCUGUCCGACUCCAAGCAGAUGGACUUUGUCGUCCUCGGUCUGAGAGGGGGACGGGUCAGGCUGUCCGCCGACCUGGGGAAAGGCCCAGCCUCCGUCCUGUCCGCCACUGUCAACGAUGGACACUGGCACUCUGUGAGCGCCGAGGUGAGCCGGAGGUCCGUGUCCCUGACGGUGGACGGCUCCCGUCCCACCACCGCCUCAAUCAAAGGACACCACAUAGACGUGGACAGGACGCUGUUCCUCGGAGGGAUUCCUCCUGGUGUGAACGGCCGGAGGAUCGGCGUCAGCAGCAGUCUCCCAGGUUGUCUUCGGUCAGUCAGUCUCAACGGUACCGUGCUGGAUUUGUCCAAGCCGUUCUCACAGCAUGAUGUCACUUCCUGCUUCACCAAGGAUCAGAUAGGAAGUUAUUUCAACGGCAGUGGACACGCUGAGCUCAUGCAUGAUGGGUAUAAGGUUGGCGCUGACAUGGCGGUGUCUCUGGAGUUCCGGACCAGCCAAUCAGAAGGCGUCUUCCUGGGCAUCAGCAGCGCCAAGGUGGACGCUGUCGGCCUGGAGAUGGUGGACGGACAGGUGGCGUUCAACGUGAACAACGGGGCGGGACGCGUGGCGCUGCGCUCCACAGGCCCGGUGCUCUGCGACGGACGCUGGCACCACCUGGUGGCCAGAAAGACGAAGCACGGCUUGACGCUGAGCGUGGAUGGGACGCAGUACAGCGCCGCUAACCCCUACCCACAAUCCACCUCUGCCGAGACCAACAACCCCGUCUACCUGGGCGGGGCUCCAGCCGCCGUGAAGCAGAACUGCCUGACCAUCCGCUCCGGGUUCAGAGGUUGCCUGAGGAACCUGCGGCUCGCCCGCUCUCACCUGACCCUCCCUCUCCACCUGAGCUCCGCCCACUUCCUGUCGGGCGUGACGCUAGACUCCUGCCCUGCCUCGUAGUGAUCGUAGCCGUGGUGAUGUCAUCUCAGGUUGAUUUAAUUAAAGCUGAUGUCAUCAUGAUGUAAUCAGACAAAAAAAUAAACCAGAGA